AUGUACACUGCGAUGGUAAAUCCGUGGAUCGGUGCUCCCUCCUUGCUUGAAGCGACUUGCAUCGACGAACUCGAAGAGACUCGUAUAGUAGAAGAUGUGUAUCUUACCGCAUGCGAUUCAAUCGCUGAAACAAUGCUUGCUCCUGGUGCCACUGAUGAGAAGUUUAAUAUUUGUCAGGAAAUAUGCUCCACCGAGAAAAAUUAUAUUGCUAACCUCAAACUAUUACUCAAAGUAAAAGACGCUUUACUGGAACGCGUCUCUAAAAAUAAACCAUUAAUGGAGGAGGCAACAGUUAAGCAAAUAUUUGGAAAAAUUAAGCCGAUAGUAGAUGUUCAUGAGAAAAUUGUCGCAAAACUCGAGGACUUAAUGGAGAAUUUUGAUAGGAAAUGUCAUAAAAUUGCCGAGAUUUGGAAAAACUUUUCAUACGAGCUUAUUCGAAUCUACCCAGCGUAUACGAAUUAUUGCGAUAGCGCAAGAUCAAUGUUUGUCGACGCAUGUGAGAAAAAUCCAAAAUUGAAAUCCUUCAUAGAGGUCAGCGAUAUCCUAUCUGCAGAAAUUUCCUUAAGAAGUCAAGCUCUAGAAAAGCAGCCCGAAUUUCGUCGUCAACGAGUAGUUGACAUCAUGAUGAUCCCAGUGCAAAGACUCGCAGGAGUCAAGCUCCUUCUCGAGAGUGAGCACGAUUAA